AUGUCUCAAGAAGACGACGUGGGAUUUUUAUACAAGACCAUGAUCGAACGAGAUCCAAAAAAGCGUAGAGUGAAACCGGUCGAAUCUGCACAAACUUCAUUGUUAGAUUUUGAUUUGGGAGAAAGUUCUGAUGAUAGUGAUUUCCGCAUUGAAGAUCAUUGUGAAGAAUCUGAUGAUGAUUCUGUUGACUCUCAUGAUGAUGGCAAAGACAACGCAGGGUCAGAUGAAUCCGAUGAUUCAAUGGGAGAUCCAUUGAUGGUUGGAAAAAAUAAUACUGGUGUGACUGUUAAUGAUAUUAUUGAGAAAGCGAGACAACAAGCUGCCAAGGGGGAGAUUUUAGAUGAAAAAUUAGCCAAAAUGCUUAUUUGCUGUGGUUGUUUAGGAGACAGAAGUGAUGAUAUUAAUGAAAUUGUUGAGUGUGAUGGAUGUGGAGUAACAGUUCAUGAAGGAUGCUAUGGAGUAUCAGAUGUUGAAAGUUUUUCAAGCACAGAUUCAUUGUGUCAGUCCGCACCUUGGUUCUGUGAAGCUUGUAGCGCAGGAAUUGAAAAUCCGUCAUGUGAAUUGUGUCCCAACAAAGGAGGAAUAUUCAAAGAAACUGAUGUAGGUAAAUGGGUGCAUUUAGUAUGUGCUCUAUACGUUCCUGGCGUUGCCUUUGGUGAGGUGGAUCGUCUAGCAAGCGUAACUCUUUUCGAAAUGGCCUACAGCAAAUGGGGUUCAAAAUCGUGUUCAUUGUGUGAAGAUGCUCGCUUUGCUCGUACCGGGGUGUGUAUUGAGUGCGACGCAGGAAUGUGCCAUACGUAUUUCCACGUAACUUGUGCCCAAAGAGAAGGAUUGUUAUCAGAAGCGCACAGUGAAGAAGUAGAUCAAGCCGACCCAUUUUACGCUCAUUGUAAAUUACAUUCUGAUAAAACACUAGUUCGAAGACGAAGACGCAACUGGUUAGCGUUACAAAUUCGCGCUCAGUAUCGCCAAGAGUUACUGAAGCAGCCAGGACAUCUAGAUACUGAAGAGCAGCGCCGGAUUCAAAGAAAACUCGCUAAGCACAGACAUAAAUAUUUGGCUCACAAAGCAUCAAGGCAACCACCUUGGGUGCCUACUCAAAAGAUGCCGCGUUUAUUGACUACCUCGGCGUCUGCUUGUCGGCAAUUAGCAAGAAAAGCUGAGCUUAUGGGGAUAGACACAGUUGCGUUAGAAGCGCAAGAAGCCCAGCUUGUUGCUCUGGUUGAUGUCAGGAAAAAAUGGCAUAUUCCUCCGGCGUUUAGCGUUGAGUUUAUUGGUUAUUAUCUUGAUCGUAAUUUACGUGUGAUAUCGAUGAAACGCAAGCUUCAAGAGCUGCUGGAUGUCAACACACAGCUGCUGACUGACCAGCAAAGACUUGACAGAAGGUACGACGAAGUUAUGAAAGACAAUGAAGAACAGAUUAGGAUAAAUGUUACUUUGAAAGAAAAAAUAGAAUUGUAUCAUCAAGUUAUUAGACUCGCUGGUUAUGUUAAGCCAUUACCACUUAUUGGAGAUCUUUCGAAACCCCGAGUGCCUACUUUAGGUACGGGACUCGGGGUUCCUACGGCAGCUGCGCUUAAAAUGGGGGUUGGUUUUCCACUGCCUGUUAGCAAAGGAAGUGAAGGUGCGAGGGAAGGCCGAGUUCUUAGUAGUCAAGCUAUGGAACUUACGCAAAAACCUGAGCUGACACUUAGACAUCAGUGCGGAAUUUGUCGUAGAGCGACCAAUCAACAUUUGCUUGCUAAGUGUGACACGUGUCAUCUUCAUUAUCAUCUUUCUUGCUUGAGCCCUCCGUUGUCUCGUAUGCCCAAGAAAACUAAACUUAUGGGCUGGCAAUGUUCUGAGUGUGAUAAAGAAUCUUCAGGAUCAGAAGUCGAGCAUGUCGAUACCUCAGCACCUAGAAAAUUACGUCACUGUAAAGACGAAGUAGCACCGAGUGAAGAAAGCCAAUUACCAAGCACUCCAAGCACACCUACAUCAUCAAAAGCGGUAAUCCCUACAGUAGUGAUUUCGGAACCGCAACCUAUGCCGAAGUUGACUAUCAAGCCAAUGAUUAUUCCCCAACCACCGGUAGCUGAGCCCAUACAAGUUGAAAACUCGCCAUACGUUCCACCAAGUGUCACUGUACCAAUUACUCCUCGAGAAGGUUCUCCGCAGUACAUGGUAGCUUCUGCCGAUGGGACUGAGUCAGUCUCCCAGCGAAGUGCUAAAAAAAGGCGACGAGAGAAACAUAAAAGAUAUACUCCAGAUCCUAUCACGGGAAUUAAACAACGGAAACGUAAGCACAAGAGGAAGAGCUUGGAUGUUGAAAAUCCAGAUGGUCAACCUGAAAUUCACCGAAGGAUUACGAUUAAGAUCAAGCCGAUUCCUAGACCAGAAGGUUCUGAAGUCUCAGACUCGAGUCCACAAAUGUUUGUCGCUACUUCGACGAGUACAGAAAUAACAACACCUCCACCACCACCCCCGCCUGUUCAUGUCUUUCCAGUUCCAGUUCCAGUUCCACCUCCACCUCCGCCACCAGUUCCUCAAACUUCUCCGAUUCCUCCAGCACCUAUGAUAAUUAAUAACCCAAUUACGCCAGUAGUCGUUAAUACUUCCAGUAAUUCUCGAUUAUCGUCAGGGAAGAAAGUUAAAGACGCUGAACUUCUUACUCAUUGUACUGUUUGCGGCUCAACUGGAACUUCACAGAAUAUUGUGAUGUGUGAUGAGUGCAAAAAAUGUUAUCAUUUCACUUGUUUGGAACCUCCGGUUAAAAAGUCACCUAAGCGACGAGGAUACUCUUGGCAUUGUGCAGAUUGUGAUCCCAGUGUAAGUAAUACUUGACAAAUUCA